AUGGAGCAUUGGGAGACGAGGCCAGUCAAGACGGGACGAUGCGAGACAGAGGGGGUUGAGAUGUGGUGUUGGUCUAAGGCGUCAGACUCAAGUGAAUGCACAUUCUGGGAAUUCUGGUCCUCCGAUGAGGGCGUGGGUUCAAAUCCCACCGCUGACACAUCCUUUGCCAUCGGCACCGGGAUACAGAGGAAAGUGCAGCCUCGUUUCAUCAUUGUCCAGGUUGCCAUCAACUACUCGGACACGGGCAGCAUCGCAAUUUCGGCGCACAAUCUUGGCUUCGCCACCAUUACUUCUCUCGACUACUUGGCAGAGGUGUGGUCAGUUGCCAAUGUGAUGCAAAAUCGUCAAUUAAUGGAAUCGUGUCUUCCACCGAUUGUGAGGCAUUUUGAAAAUCUAUGCUUGCGAGGUGAGAUGCUGAUGCACGCAACAGCGGAGUACUUUGAGGUCCUACUGGACAGGAAACGCCAAGGUGGCAUGAGUGAGGAAACCAAAUUUAAAGUGAUUUCCAAAUGGCUUGAUGCAGGAAGAGAGGAAUGCGGUGUGGAGAAAAGGCCAAAGGCAUUUGGAAAGACGAAUUCCAAGAAUGACGUGUACAGGCUGCCUCCACAGAGUCAAACUGAGUAUUGGGAGUAUUGA